AAUUGAGUACUACUUCCUUUCUCGGACGACUCAACGUUCAUUCACACAACCUGCUUCUUCCUGCUUACUUCGAGCAACAUAUUCAGAAAUGGCAAGCAGUACUACUCUCCUUCGUCUACUUGUAAUAUUGUUAGGGUUUUCUCACCUCUUCUGCUUCAACGCUGUCCCAGUUACAAGAAGCGGAGGCCUAAAGCAUAUUGAACCUGAAGUUCACCAAACCAAUGCAGAAAAUAACAAACUGAUGACCACAGAGAUGAAAUUUUAUGAGAGAAUGGAUGUGGAGCUUAAUGACUACCCCGGAUCAGGGGCCAACAACCGCCACACUCCGAAGCCUCAAUAUGGGAGAUGUGCUGAUUGCUAAAAGAGAAUAUUUCUUCACUGGACUCACAGUAUUUAUGUUGUUAUAUGCAUGUGGAUUAGAUUUCUCUCUUAAUUGCAUGAUCACUGAUUUUAAGUUUAAUAUGAGGGCUGAAAUUAGAGGGCAAUGACAGUAACUGUAGGAGUAAAUGAAUUACGUGAAAUUUGGAUCAAUCCAUAUAUAUAUAUAUGGGGAUGAAUAUGUAAGUACAAGAGGCAAGUGCAGUAUGGAUGGUUAAUAUUACUACUUAAUUAAUAGUAGUAUAUAACUAUAUAUAUUGAAGUAUCAAUCUCAGUACUGAAAUGAAUGUGUAAGAGCUAUAUUUUGAUCUAGCUAGGUAGUUUCAUAUCCAUAUCGAUCUCUAGUUGAUAAACUGGGGCCGAACAGUUCUUGUACAAUUUUUAUUGUUAACCGGUUUAUAUAUGCUUGAUUUUAGAUCCUACAUUUCCAAACUAUAUAUAUAUAGAGCCUGGUUAGAGAACAG